GCGCGUGCACUCCCCUGUUAUCCGAGCUCUUCGUUAUCUGUCGCAGUAUGUCCGAAAUGUGCGCCGGCGUGUUGUAAGCCGUGUUGUGCCGUUUGGGGUUAGAAAAGUUAUAAAACAUUCCCACCGUAGCUGGUCAGCUUCCAGAGCUCACCUGUGACAAGAUGAAGUUCGUUGGCUGGAUCGUGCUUACCGCGGUGGUGCUGGUGAUCUGCGUCGGGGUGCGAUGGGGCGAUGCCUUACCCGCCCGCGAUGGCUAUCCGCGCGAACCGUGCUGCAAGGACUGUCCCGCCUGUCGGCAUCAUUUCGACGUGGAGGCGCCGAAGGAUCCGGGCUGCCGGAAGCUGCACAACUUCCACUACGAUGUGGAAAAGUUUACCGACUGCCAUAAGGAAACGUACGAUCGGUUGGAUGCGGCUGUGGAGGAUUUGCCCGAGCGGGGCUGCCGGAAAUCGUACCAUUAUCACUACGACGUCCAGAAGCCGUGCUGUUGCGAGGAGGAAAACUACGACACUUACGAUUUCGAGGUGCUGGAGCCGAAAAGGAAGCCAAAGUGCUCCAAAGUGAAGCUGGAAGCGUACGCGGAUCAUCCUGUGCGGGAGUGUCAGUGCGACUGCCGGAAUAGACGGUACGUGAUAAACGGGAUGAACGGUAGCCGAACGCUGCCGGACGACGAUAGUGAUCGUAAUCGCAUACCGAGAAUGCGCCGUGGUAUUAUGGAUCCUUUUCCAACGGAUCACCGCACAAACGCACCAUGCGAAACUGGCGCACCGAUGCACUUUUUCUACUCCACCCCACAGCACGGGCCGGGAAGGGCAAACUUGCGCGCCAGAAGGCUUGCUUUGCGCCGGGACCUUCCGCAUCGAUUCAGAGCAAAGCGCAAAGAGUUCGAUAUGAACGGUGGAAGUGGGUUUUGGUGUCGCUGUAUGCCCUUGGAGCGGGAUCGGGAUGGUUAUGUACAGAGCGGUAAACCGGACGAGCUGGUUGGUGCGCCGGCAAGAUCAUCGGCCGCCCUCCGGGGUGGCCCCGUUGAGCCUGCCGUGUACAUUGGCGACGCCUCGAACCCGGUGACGUACGAGCAGAUCAAAAAGCAUCUCGAUGCCCUGCCAAGGGAAGACUACAGCCCCACGACGAACGAUGUGAUCGGCAAUUUGACCGUUCUGUUCUAUGAUAUUUAUCAGCAAAAGCAUAAGAAGAAUUUUACCCUCCCGUUGAAGUACGGUACGCGUACCGUAAUCGAUCAGGGGGACGGCAUACAUACGUACGAUAUUGGGCCGAUCGAGGGGGAGUACAAGCCGCCCAAGUUGAAUCGCAUUGCGACCAAGGGUUUGCGCCUGAUCGGCAGGAAAAUUGACCGCAAAACGGAUCCGUCCGCUGGGCAGCGAAGCAAUCGGUUGCGCAACCGUCCACGAAAGGGCGCUUGAGGGUUAAUUUGAAUUGUAGGCUUUAACGUAUUUUAAGAUAGUUUUAUUGUACAUGCAGUGUUAAAUCGAUUUAAUUUAAUUUUACUUCAUUACUCUCUUCUCGAACACAUCAUUAGCUGACCUGGACGAUCUUGAUCUGACGAUCAUUUCUUCGACUGGGCCACGGCUAUACCUGGCUAACCUGGUGGACGUUGUAAAGGGACAGGACAAAUAUGUUGAGGUGACUUAUUUCCAGACGUGACGCGUCCCAACAUAGACUUGAAGCAUUUCCUAUUGAGAAUUGCUCAGACGAUCGGACGAGGAGAACAAACUUAUUAAGUGUAAAAAAAUAUAAAUAAAAAAAGACCAAAACUGAAGUAAUGCUGAAUGUUUUAUGAAGUGUUUUAGGCCACGGAAAACCAAGUACCAAAUGCUCUAUUAUUUGGUUGGAUAGUCUGGGUUUGGUUGGAAAGCUGAACGGGAUCGAUUCUCAUUUGGGGACCAUCCAAUCAGUUAUAUUAUUUCACAAAAUAACCAUCAAAUUGUAGAACAUAUUGCACACCAUACUCUUUGUAAGAAUAUUCUAUUUAGCAAAUUUAUGCGUUUGUGCUUUCAGUACAUAAUUUAAUGAAAAUAGUUGAGGAAUGGAAUGGCCUUGCUUUUGGUUUAU